CUUCUCCUCCGGUUUCCAAUUUCCCAAACAUCUAACCCUUUUUCAGCUCACCCCUCCAUUCGACCUAACCCACACAGCUUUUCAGUGGUAAAAAGCUCGUCGACAAAAAGCUCAAAGAACGGAGUGUCACCACUGAGAACUCAGCUCUCCAAAGAGAGACCUACUUCAACGAGUUCCGCUCCGCUCGUUUCAUCGUCUCUCUGUCUUACUCCUGCUCAAAUACUGCUCAUUCGAAGAACCUGGACACAUGCACGGAAUCAAGGCGCUCUUGAGCCAGCAAUUAGCAUAUUCAGGGAGUUUUGGAAGAAUUUGAAUUUUUUACAAUUCCAAAAACUCAAAAAGUCGCGGAAAUGUUCUGAAAGCUUUCAGAGACACGCCCAGAUCUUCACCACUAUCAUGGAUGAACUGAUAGCGAAUCUCGACAAUCCCACAGCAACGAGUCCUUCGUUACGAGAAUCCGGAGAAAAACAUGUUUUCCAGACCAGAGAUCAAUAUGGGUGCCCAUUUCGCGCUACACUACUUGAUCAAUUUGCAUCAGCCAUGAUCGAGCGGACACUGGAGUGGGGCGAGAAAAAGGACAGAACUGAAGUAACGCAAACGGGUUGGACAAAAAUCGUUCUAUUUGUGGUGGAACAGAUCAAAGAGGGUUUUCAUGACGAAGUAAAACGACAACGUCGAGUUCGUCCGCGACACAUUGGCGUAAGUAUAAACCUCCUUGAGUAA